CCUGGUUUGGUCAUGACUCUAGGGAGCAAGCAGAGUGACAGACAGAAACUCAAGCUGCUUCUCUGAGCACAGGGAAUCCAGCAAAGCUCCUCAAGGUCUCCAGAGCCUGAACUUUUAGCUCAACUGUUAAAAUCUGGAAAGCCCAGAUUCCAUUUUCAGCACCCUCAUGGCAGCUCCAUGGAGUAACCUUGGAAGGCACUUCAGCGCUUUGUGAUCCCUUUUUCUCUGGCUUCAGAUGGCCCAGGCUCAGUGGUUUGAGGCUUAUUUGAAAUUGUUCUUGUGGCUGGAAAAACAGGCGUUCCUUGGGUAAGGAGGGGCUCUCCAUAAGACCCCUUCUGUGUUUUUGCAAAAGGUGGAGAGGGAGGGGUAGUAGGAGGAGAGGGGUGUUGGAGGGAGGCUGCAACUUUUUCUGCUGCCCUGUAGGGGGUGCUCAGGACUUGAGAGCAGAGCGCCUGCUAUGGCUACAGUUUCUGGAGAGCUUGUGGCCUGAGUCUGAGGUAGCAGCUCUGUGUCAGGCAGAGAAAGGGGUCUCUGUUUUGCCUGUCCCUCUCCACAGUCAAGGAAGAGCUGUUGGAUCCUGUCCUGGGUGGGCAAAUGAAUCUACACUCCGAGGAGAGAAAUCUGAACAGAGUAACAUUUCGGUCAUCGAUGUACGAUGUCUUGUUAGAGCCAAGUUUAUCAGGAUUGUGCCAGUCAGAGAAAGAAGCCUAUCAGCUCAUUCUGGAUUUUAUGGAACCAGGACAGAUGUCCCAAUUAGACAAGCUCAGUUUCCUGAAUGCUGUGUCAACAUUGAGCAGCGUUGUGCGUGACCAGGCCAAUGGCAACAUGAAUAAGUACUAUCCAAAAACCCUUCUGGCUAAGAAAAUUGAGACAUUCAUCCUGGAAGAACCCCCUGAGAUCUUGGAUAGUAGCGUGCGCCAGCAAGCCAUGCUCUGCAUCGUGGCCCUGAGUCAGGUGAAGCCACCUUUCCACUUAUGCCAGAAGCUGGAUCUGGUCAAUGUUAGCAUCGCGAGCACAUUCUCCCUGCCUCUCAUCAUGCCCAGUCUAGACCGAAAGGAGAGCGCUAGUCUCUACCUCCAGACGAUUCAGGCCCUGGAUGAUAUGCUCCAAGCUCUUGUGAUGGAAGACAUGAGCCCCAAUAUGGUUAUACUGCAAAGCUUUGUGGAGAUCAUCUUACCCUGGUUAAUGCUGUCAGACAAAGUGUACGAGCAGAUCCGAGCCCUGGGCACUAUUUCCCGAUUGCUGAGGUUCAUUUGUAAUUUCUCUGAACUGUCAAACAUGGCAUCAUUCUCCAUAACUGGGAAACUGGUGGGCACCUUCAGCAUCCUCUGCCUGAAUCCCAGCCAAGACAUCUCAAUAGGCGCAUUAGAGGCACUGAACUACCUGUUCAUCAUCCUCGUGCUUCAGAGAAGUAGCAGACAGAAGACAGAAGCCAUCCUGAAGAACUUGCAGAAGCAAUUCCGUGGAAACUUGACGGCCAACAUGCAGAGUCUCACACUGUUCUUCAGGAAAUACCUGACCCCUGUGGAGAGAGCUGAUGUGAUUUUGGUGGCCUUGGAGUCCAUGAUCAACGGCAGCCCGAAUGACAUCUCUGCAGCCUCCAAGAUGUUAAAGAUGGUCCUGAAGCACUCUGUUAAAGAAGUUGCCAAGGUGUCAGAAAUCAUCAAGUUAAUUUACUACCACAUAGACAGAGCCACCGAGAAAGCUGCCCAGAAUACCAUAAAGAAGGUCUUCCAAUUGCUGGUCCAGUCCCACACAGAGGAGGUUAUCCUGACGCUGUUUAAAGUAAAGGACCAAUCACAAAGAGAGACACAUAAAUCCUGGGAAAUCCUGGCUUCCUUUCCAAAAAGCUACCAAGCAAUCAUGGAGUAUCUGCUGCAGAAGAUAAUUUCACCCCAGGCACCCGAGGACCAGGAGGAGGCUGACCAUGAAACAGAGCUCUCAACACUGAUUGCCACCAGGGCCAUCCAUGAGUUGCUGCUGGUACCAAGCCAGCAGUUCGAGGUGCAGACCUUCUUCGCCUCCCUGUUCGUGGCACUGCUUUUCCAAAUCUCUUCCCUGGUGACUAAAGGGAGCACCGUGGCCCAGGAGGCGCUGCCUGAAACUGAAUCUGUGGAUGUCGUGAGUUCUUCUGUAGAGGCACUGAAGACCUUAAUGCGCAGCUCUGGGUACAUAAACCACAUGUCUUAUAUUCAGACACUUGGGGGCUGGGAACUGCUUGUCAGCCCUGAAAGCCAUUAUGAAGGUGUCACUCUGCUAGCCAGAUCUCUGGUCAUCAAGAACUGCUGGCACAAUCGCCCUGUCUUCAGCUUCUUCAUUAAGACCCUUCAGAACCCAAGCUGUACCAAUUACCUCACAGCCCUGGUGUUCCUGACAGAGCUGCUCAACUGUCCAGAUGUGGCAAGUGUUGUGGAUGAAGUUGCCACGAAGAUUCUGGCAAAUUGGUUCAACUGUGAUGAGUUAGUCACGGCGCAUCUAUUCCUGAAGAUCACAGAAGUCUUUGCAAAGCACAAAAACACGAUGAAGCAUCUCAACAUCCUGCAGCCCUUCGUGCUGAGCUGCUGCUACUCCUCCAGCAGUGACCUGGUGAUGGAGACCUUCCUCCUGCUGCAGCGCAUCCUCAAGGACCUCACCUGGUAUCAGUCCUCCUCCUUCAUCAUUAAGCUGACCUUCACUCUGGUCCACUUCUUUGAGGAGGAGUCAGAGCAGCUGCGCCUGACAACCUUUGAGAUGUAUGAAAAUGUCCUGGCUAAGGUCUCGAGGAUGACCCUUGUCUUUCCCUUGAGGCACCAGGUCCUCAGCUUGCUAAUGCUCCUUGUGUUUCACCUGAAGGAUGUAAAUGCCGCCGUGGUGGAGGUCUGUAGGCUCAUCCUCUGCCGCAUAGCUGUCAUCCUGCACUGGUCCAAACUCAAAGCGGUCUUUGCCAAGAAUGAUGUAUUCACCAUCCUCAGUGCCCUGUUGAAGCAGGAAAGGAGCAGGGCACUCUGGUUUCUGAAGCAGACUGUGGCCCUCUUUAAGAGUCCACAGGGCCCCAUCCGCCAAGUUGCCGUGUGGUUUGCAGGUCAGAUCAUCUGGAACCUUCAUAAGGCUGAGGAAGAGGAAAUUGAAGAGGAAUUAGCAGUCUUCAGGUAUAUGCAGAGAGACCCUGACCCCAUAGUCAGCUGCCUCACCGUGCAGACUUUCUACAUCCUAGAAGCCAAGGCGAAGAUAAUGCCAGCCGAGACCCCUUCCUCCUACCUCCUCUGCAUGAGGAGGAUCAAAAGGAGAUACUGCUGAGCCUGCACACUGGGGCCCAAGGCCCAAGGUGCACCAUCAACACUGUGACAGCAGGCUAACCCUUGAGUCCUGUACUGGAAAUGGUGUGUCCCUGCGGAACUCUGCUAAUAAAAAGAGAAAUCAUGA